AUGAUUAUCCCCAGAGUAUUGCUAAGGUGUCCUAGGCUUGUCGCAACCGUUGGCAAAACCGGCCAGCGGAAGUUGAGUCGCAAGACCCUUCAAGACGUUGACAUCCCCAGGGCAUGCGAGAAGAUUCUCGAUCCUGGGGCCCCUCUUGCUUUACGACUUCAGGGGAACCUGCUAUAUGGAGUGUCACGGGUGUUUUCUCACCAGUGCAACUACGUUCUUUCGGAUGCCGGGAAGACUCAAUCGGAUAUGAUGACCUUCUUUCGCUCCAUGAAUACAAGCGCGACGGAUGAGAAUGCAGGAAAGGCCAAGCGACAACACAUCACGCUCCAAGAUGACCCCAGCUUCGACCCCAUGGCGAUGCUUCCAGGGCUGGAAAAGUUGCUCAACACCGAGACCCUCUUCAGCUUUACGGCAACUCAGGAAUCGGCCGCCAAAUACUCGCAGAUGUCACCACUUGACAACGUCAGCCUAGCGAGUGCAACCACCAGUCGCCGCUCAAGCUUCAUCGGCCUGGAUAUUCCUCUUUCAUCACACUCUGUCGGAAGCUACCAACUUCCUGGUGACCUUGGCUGCUACAGUUCGCCCUUUAAUAAGGGCAUCCAGGAACCAGACAACAUGCCCGAACUAGCCUCAUUUGCAGACAAUGAAUUCGAUCCAAUUUGCGGCGUCGGCCUUGAUUUUGAUGCUGACGGCAACUUGAUCGGCAUACUUGACGAUGAGCCUGAACUGCCACCCUUGCGUGGCACGAGUCCCGACCCUCUCCUCACGGCUGGUAUUACGACGCCGAGACUUGAGGAUAUAGUGCAUCAAGAUAAUCAGAACUUGGCGGAAGAGCCCAUUCCUGGUCUCGGUGAAGCCGCACUGCCAGAUGCAGAGCCGUUCGCAGUACCCCCAGCCGUCGAGGAACGCAACACCGACGCACCAACACUGACCACGGAGACCACAGAGACGGGGAAAGCCGCAGCUCCAUACAGAGCUUCCCAUCGCCGGAGGUUUCCAGAAAUGCUUGACCAAGAACUCCGAGUCCCACGAGACGAGUUUCGUGGUUGGACCGAGGACUAUGCGACAAACAUGCUCGCUGCCCGCAACAAAAUCAAGGCCACAACGCAAGCAAAAGCCAAACAAAACGCACUCGCGUUUCUCUACUGGAAGGGGAUAGCACAGGUUGGCAAUUUCCAGAGAGACUUCGGCGUCAACCACCCAUUGGCACAUGAAUUCGCUGGCACAGCUCUAAAGGCUCACAUCCUGGGGCUUAACGUAGACGACAUUGAAGAUAUCAAUCCGAAGAAGGGCAGACGCCGCAAGUCACCCGAAGCAUUUGGGCACGGCAACGACAACACCAGAAACGUACGACAGCGUAUAGACGAAGAUGAGUUCGCGCGAGGAGAAGCCGCCGCGCCCGCGGAUGGCCUCGACCUCGGCCACGACUCGGCCCCAGAACUAGGCCUAGAAGCCGGAGCAGCACUCGAGGACAAGCAUUCUUCCUCUCUGAUGCCCUGGAGCCGCCAGGGAUCCGCGGCACCUGGAUCGGCCCCGCGCGCCCCGGGAAGUGCUCACAAGUCCGUCGCGGCGCCCAGCCCCCUCCACGGCCGAGCAAGAGGAAGCCUCAUCGGCUCCGUCGAAAGACAGAGCGACCCCAUCGAGGGCUCUCUUGGAGUUGUCGGCUUCGACUCCCAGCUGUCCUCGAUGGACUUUGACCAGGGCCUCCUGACGCUCAACCUCGGCGCCGCGGACGACACCCUCCCAUCUACCCAGGGGCUAGACACCUCCAGCCAACGCUUCCUGACGUACGUUGCGAACCAGGUCGCGGCGGACGAUGCCCUCGGAGCCCGCGGCCCUCAGCAGAAAUACUGGAUUGAUUUCGACAGUCUUGCCAGUCCGAAUGUCCACACCAAGGCCAUUGCUGCACAGGCCUUCCUUCACGUGCUUUCCCUCGCGACCAAGGGCGUCAUUUCUGUUGAGCAGGACGGCAUCCAGGACAAGCAGCCCUUUGGCGCUCUCCGCGUCGGGCUUGCAGGCCACGUUCUGGACGCGGCUACCGCCAUGCUUGAAUGA